AUGUGUGACAACGGGAUUGACAGCAUGGAUACGUCUGACUUAGGAGGAGGUAUAAAUUGUACACCUCCGGCGAUAGAAGACUUUCCACACGACCUUUUCGAUGAGAAGCAGAGGCAGGGCGGAGCUGUCGUCGUGCACGUAAUCGUUUCGCUUUACCUGUUCAUUGCGUUAGCGGUAGUGUGCGAAAAAUUUUUUGUUCCUGCCGUGGAAAAGAUAUGUCACGCACUUUCGAUGUCCAAGGACGUGGCGGGCGCUACUUUUAUGGCUGCGGCGACGUCGGCACCGGAACUGUUCGUAAACGCGAUCGGUACGUUCAUCACCGAAGGUGACAUCGGUGUUGGAACAAUAGUAGGUUCGGCUGUAUUCAAUAUUCUCGCGGUACCGGCUUGCUGUGGUAUCGGUGCUGGUAUGGUAGUUCCCCUGGACUGGUGGCCUGUUAGCAGAGAUUGUCUGGCAUAUGGCGUUACGGUCGCCAUUCUGAUAUGUAUCAUACACGACGAGCGAGUAGAAUGGUACGAAGCGUUAACGCUAGUAUUAUUGUACAUCGUAUACAUCGCCGUCAUGUAUUGGGACAAAUCGUUUCAGCGAUGCACGCGAUUCCGUACGCAUAACGCUGAUCGAACGUUAUCGGACGAUCAUCGACACGCGAUAGAAGUCAACGCGGAAAUUCACAUGACGAGAUCCGACAAAGUGCAAUCGAUCGGAGAACAAGGUGAACACAUAGAUGUACCAUUACAAAACGGAGGAACGAAAACUCAAGAAGAAAAUCCGGAUCCUAAUUAUGAAUACGAAUUAUUGGUUUGGCCGGCACGAGCUGGAUGGAUAAGAAAAACAGCAUGGAUUAUGACAUGGCCGAUUCAUUUGGUUUUCAUGUGCACGAUACCUGACUGUGAGAAGCCGCGAUUCAAGAAUUGGUUUCCCAUAACGUUUCUCAUGUGUAUAAUUUGGAUUGGAUCUUUGAGUUAUGUGGUCGCUUGGAUGAUUACUAUAAUCGGGGAUACUUUGAAGAUACCAGACUCCGUAAUGGGUAUUACUUUCCUAGCUGCUGGUACCAGCGUGCCGGAGGCCGUGUCAAGCGUAAUAGUGGCGAAGCAAGGACACGGUUCGAUGGGUAUCAGCAACUCGAUAGGAUCGAACACUUUCGACAUAUUGUUAUGUUUGGGUCUACCGUGGCUAAUCAAAUCUUCGUUUUCACCGACACAACCUGGAAAACAUUAUAUCAGUAUAAACUCUGGUGGGCUCGAGUACAGUGCCAUAUCGUUGUUGUCGACACUGAUGUUACUCUACAUUGCUUUCGCUUCGAAUAAGUUUCAGCUCGAUAAAAAAGUCGGCCGUGCCUGCUUAUGUAUGUAUGUCGUGUUCCUGAUAUUAGCCUCGUUAAUAGAACUCAAUGUAUUCUUCAGGGUAAACUUGCCCACAUGCCAGAGGACGGUCAAGUGAACCGAAAGCGAAAGUAGAGUUUCUUAAUGAUAUUUGAUACGGUGUUUAGCUGAUCCUCGUACGUUCUCUCGAACUUGCGAAAAACAUUGUGAACCGAAGAAUGCUGUUUUAUAUUAUACGAAAACUAUUUCUUCUCCCGUCUCGCUUCUCGAUGAGACUGUCCAUUACCCCGAGGCUCCGUUAUAUCCCCAUUGCCAUUCUUUCUUUCGUAAUUCGUCGCGCACAAUGCCUAUUCUCCUCCAUCUAUGAAACUAACAGCUUCGUUUCCUUCUCGUUCUUUCUUCUUUUCUUUUUCCUCCUUUUCCCCCUU